GGAUAAGGGGGAAAUCCUUUAAAACUGAGAUGAGAAGAACUUUUUUCACACAGAGAGUGGUGAAUCUCUGAAACUCUCUGCCACAGAGGGUAGUCGAGGCCAGUUCAUUGGCUAUAUUUAAGAGGGAGUUACAUGUGGCCCUUGUGGCUAAGGGGAUCAGAGGGUAUGGAGAGAAGGCAGGUACGGGAUACUGAGUUGGAUGAUCAGCCAUGAUCAUAUUGAAUGGCGGUGCAGGCUCGAAGGGCCGAAUGGCCUACUCCUGCACCUAAUGUCUAUGUUUCUAUGUUUCUAAGACAUGUUUUGGAAGGAGAGUGGGUGAAGAGAGACUGGAUGAUGCUUCCAGUCCUUUAGUUCCCAAACACUUUUUCCAGUCUGAUGACCUGUUGUGGUGUUACUACACUCCCGUUUCUCUGUUCCAUUAUUCCAGAUCACCAGAUGUCCACAGGGGAACAGACCCAGGAAUCAUCGACUGGAGAAUCCACCCAGGAACCGUCUUCUGUCCCAGUGGGAGACACAUCCUCAGAUCCACACUCCGUACCAACUGGGGAAUCCCAGGAAACAACAGCCCAACCCCAGGAGGAUUUGUCCAAGGUCCCAGAACCAGAUACAAGCUCAGAUCCACCAUUGGGCACAACUCAGGAACCCCAGGGAACAACGAGUGGAGACUCUGGUCAGGGUUUGACCAGUGACCCAGCAGGGUCUGUAAGCUCAGGACCCGAGGGUGCCGGAACUGAGGCGCACAAAAAGUCAACAACCAGAGAGCCCAGCGGGACACCAUCCACUGCCCCAAAGGAAGAGACAUGUUCAGGUAUCGGUCUUGUGUGUGGUGGGGUCGCCAAUCAGAGUCAGUGUCCAGUGUCACCCCGUGUGGUCAUCAGUCAGGGCCCAGUGUCCAGUGUCACCCCGUGUGGUCAUCAGUUGGUGCCCAGUGUCCAGUGUCACCCCUUGUGGUCAUCAGUUGGUGCCCAGUGUCCAGUGUCACCCCGUGUGGUCAUCAGUCAGGGCCCAGUGUCCAGUGUCACCCCGUGUGGUCAUCAGUCAGUGGCCCAGUGUCCAGUGUCACCCCGUGUGGUCAUCAGUUGGUGCCCAGUGUCCAGUGUCACCCCGUGUGGUCAUCAGUCAGGGCCCAGUGUCCAGUGUCACCCCGUGUGGUCAUCAGUCAGGGCCCAGUGUCCAGUGUCACCCCGUGUGGUCAUCAGUCAGGGCCCAGUGUCCAGUGUCACCCCGUGUGGUCAUCAGUCAGGGCCCAGUGUCCAGUGUCACCCCGUGUGGUCAUCAGUCAGGGCCCAGUGUCCAGUGUCACCCCGUGUGGUCAUCAGUCAGGGCCCAGUGUCCAGUGUCACCCCUUGUGGUCAUCAGUUGGUGCCCAGUGUCCAGUGUCACCCCGUGUGGUCAUCAGUCAGGGCCCAGUGUCCGGUGUCACCCCUUGUGGUCAUCAGUUGGUGCCCAGUGUCCAGUGUCACCCCGUGUGGUCAUCAGUCAGGACCGUGGGUCUUGUCUGGUCAGAUGGAUCCCGCUGUCCUUGUGUUGUCUGGGUUUCUGCCCUUGUCUCCACCACCACUACCAUCGCUCUGACACAGACUGGGUCCCGCGGGCCUUGUCAACUCACACAGCCGAGUGACGGACGUUCUCUC